AUGGCGAGCUACAGUGCAGGCCAGGCCGCACGCCAGCAGCCAGGAGAUGGCUCUCAAGGUCGCUCUCAGGAUAUCCGUGAGGCCCUGAGCGAUUCGCAGUGCUGUGAUCUUCUUGACCUGAUCCUUAACACCACGGAUUGUAUGGAAGACUUGCUAUGCCCCCGUUGCGAGCCAGAGAUGAAAGGGAGCGUAUCUCGUGCGAAUACACUAGAAGAUGGAAAAGAAGACGUCGACCUCCUUGGUGACCGGCCCAGCCAGCCACAGCGUCCUACAAGGCCCGUGAGGUCAGCUACCACGGUUGCCGCGAUAAAAGCAGAAGCAGAGGCGUCUCGGCACUUCAGCUUGUGGAGGGAUGCAGUCUUGUCCAGGUUUAGGGAGGCUCUUCAGGACCAAAAAGGAAGAGCGCCUCUGAAACCUAGGCAAGCACAACAGUCUCUGAUUGACCUGGAUGAAGAUGAGCUUGGACAGCAGGACUGCGCCCUUCAAGAACUACCACAUGAAACCAGGAAUCUAAUUGUCAAUUCCCUCCUCCUGAUACUGUUGAGCCUGGAGCACUAUAAUGCACACUCACGCGUUCUUCUUGUCAGAGUGGCCUUGCAACUUGGUUUACAGGUUGCAGAUGUGUCAGAACACGAGAUGAAAGUCGCACAUGUGCUUCUUGAUAGUGUGAAAGAGAUGAACCAUGCCGAAGAAGAUCUCAAGCGCAGAGCAGAGCAGAGCAGGGCCAGCCGUAGAUGGAAAGUAGGGCUCGCGUCUGUGGCUGGCGCGGCGCUUAUUGGAGUGACCGGUGGUUUGGCUGCACCACUGGUAGCCGCUGGCGUCGGAACUAUCCUGGGCGGCUUAGGCCUCGGAGCAACUGUUGCCGCUGGAUAUCUCGGUGCUGUUGCUGGUAGUUCUAUCAUUAUUGGUGGACUCUUUGGUGCUUAUGGCGCCAAAAUGUCUGGAAGGAUGAUGGAUCGUUAUGCAAGGGAAGUGGAAGACUUUGCCUUUUUACCGCUUGGCUCGACCCCGAAACCUGCCUCUGAGCCAACAGAAGCAAAACCCCCUUCUUCUGACAACCGACUGAGGGUAACGAUUGGAGUUAGUGGCUGGCUUACCGAAGGCAAGGACGUGCUUGAGCCAUGGCGGGUCCUUGGCCCCGAUUCCGACGUCUUCGCCCUUCGUUGGGAGCUGCAAGCUCUCCUACGACUUGGUAGCUCCCUGACCACCUUCGUACGGAACACUGCUUGGACAUUUGCUGGAAGAACUGUACUUAGCAAAACUGCACUUGCGCCUGUCGUAGGAGCAGUAAUGCUCCCAGUUACCAUAUCGAAAAUCUCAUACCUCAUUGACAACCCCUUCAACGUUGCCAAAGUCCGUGCAGACAAAGCCGGUCAGAUCCUGGCAGAUGCACUUAUCAACAAAGCCCAGGGUGAGAGAUCAGUCACUUUAGUCGGAUACUCACUCGGAGCUCGCGUAAUUUUCUCAUGCCUCAUUACCCUUGCAAAACGACGGGCUUUCGGCCUCGUCGAGUCCGCCAUCUUGAUCGGUUCUCCUACCCCCUCUACCACAUCCCACUGGCGACUGAUGCGAUCCGUCGUCAGCGGCAGGCUAGUCAACGUCUACACUGGAAAUGACGGAAUUCUUCAGUUCAUAUACCGCGCAAACAGCAUGCAGCUUGACAUUGCCGGCCUUGAAGCCAUACCUGAUAUCCGGGGUGUGGAGAACUACGACGUUACUGAUAUCGUCAGUGGCCAUUUACAGUAUCAGUUCUCAAUUGGCAAGAUACUGCAGCGGAUCGGAUUCGAUCAUCUGGAUGAACAUGAGAUACGGAAACAGGAGCAUAAGCUUGAAGUUAACGAGGAGGAGAUGAAGCACCUUGAGGAGGAGAGGAUGGCUACUGCUAGAGCUGCCCGGGCGUCUAGUACUGCUACAAAGAAGGCAGCAGCUAAGGUACAGGAAGCACCAAAGGAUCAGCCGAAGACUAAACUUGGUACUGAAGUCAGAGCAGCCAGCGCUGGUGCAAUUCCUAGCACUGUUGUGACCGCUACUGAUGCCGUGGUUACUGCAGGCACUGCCGUCGAUGGUGCGGAUAGCGCGCAUAGUGACCACAAUGAGGAUACUGAUGAUGAGGCUCCUACCGGCAUAAUGAUGGUUGACAACGACGAAAUUGAACUUGACGGUUUAUCAGACACCGAUGAAUGUCCGUAUCCUGACAUUGAACCCGAGCAGUUAGAGCGAGAUAUCGAAGAAAUGACCAGGCAGCGGCUUAUGAAUGCUAGAAUGGACGGUAUCCAGCUUGAGGAUAGCCGUUAA